AGUUUCUAGCCCGGAACCAAGCCAGUUACAUCAUAUUCUUUCUACAAACACAGAGUCUUCAAUUAAAGUACUUCAGAAUGAACUGCAAUUAUACCCGCAGGCAAACAGCGACGCGGUUCAGAUUUAUUGUGCCGCGACAAAUAUUGUGCUAGCAGCAGGGCCCCGUCAGCGGACCCAGCGCCCGCGACCUUAGCAAGGAAGAUAAUCAACAAACACCUACGACACGGUUUUCUGUAUCGCAAACGCUUUACACCGCCUUCGUCUCCCGCUCGCAGGGGCUGAUAAUUGAUCCCGGAACGCGAUAGAUCGAUACCGGAACGCGGGAUUUGGCGGGACGCACGGUGGCCAAUUAUCGACGGUAUCGCUGUAACACGCUGAUAAAGCAAUUUGAAGGAGCCAUCGUAAUCCGCAGAGGAGGUAUUCGAUAGCGAAUCGGGCUACAAAAAUCGGCUCGCUCGCAAACGGUUCGUGCAGUGAUAAUUGACGUGACUGUUCGGUUGCACGCAGCGAACGGAUUGAUGCAAACCAAGCCCAAUUUUACACCAUUGGAGUAUACACACAAACAUAUAUAUAAAAGAAGACGGAACUGUUGCAAACUGCAAACUGCAGCCAAUUCUGAACUGCAUUAGUGCUUUGUGAUAUAUUUUACAUUUAAAUAACAUGAAACCUUUCCGUGCAACCGGUCGCCUUGUGCUGGGAUUGGAGCUGGCACUACUCCUGCUGCUGGUGUGCGGUGUAACGCAUGCCCACACCGAACCGGAGCUCCCGGCGGCCGCGGCGAGUGCGCAGGUUUCACCCGGCGAUGCCACGGGACUCGCAGCGGAUGCAGGGCAGCAUCUUCCUCCGGCGAUAGACGCUAAAACGGACGACAGCGCUGGAAAAAGCGUAGUUGUGAACUGGAAGCUGGCCUGCAAACAGCUCUGCAGUGCAGGGCUUGGCGGUCCCAGCUGCGGGUCAACAUGGCUCCGCACUACCACUUCCGACUCCCCCACACUCCCGGUGGAUAAGGACACGCUGGAUGGGGUGUGUCCAUCGCUGUGUGCCAACGGGCUAGGUGUUUCCAAAUGUAACUGCACCAGUUUCCGGCCGAAGGACCAGUUCGACCAGAACCUUAUCUGCCAGGCGUUCUGUACCGUCGCCAGUGUGCAGCUGGCCGGCUGCAGCCGUUGCGACGGAACCGACCCCAGCCUGGGCAACUUCGGUGCAUUAGAAAUCGUCGAAACGACGACACCAAACUGGGACGAGCUGUGUUCGAUGUUCUGCAAGAUGGGCGACGGCGGAACACUGUGCAACUGUGAUUUGCCGCCGUUCUUCUAAUGUGCACACAACCGUGGACACACACACACCCAACCCAAUACAUUACGUUCACGCUUACUUCAAUUAAUUUACCGCGGGGUACUCCUACCCCAAUGCAGUACAGAAAAACAAAGACGGCGUUGGAAUUAAUUUCGUGAUAUGUUUUCUUUCACAAACGACAACAGCACAACAUGUGAAAUACGUUUUUGGGAGGGAUUUUGUGAAGAAGACCGGAUGCAAACGUUAUCAUUACAUAUCCGCAGGGUUUGCGUGACAUGUGCGGCAUUCCGCACCAAUCUCAAGCUCGCACCGUUUAUGCCAGUUUGUUUGCGUUUCAGACGUUUCAGUUCGAUCCGUUCCUAAGGUCUUACCUGAGUUUUGAAUGACUAGGAUAGUUGGAGGAGAAGCAGACGGUAGGAUAAGGCAGUCGUCGUUCGACUUUGAACGAUCAAUGACAAAUAUCACUCAAAAGGGCUUCCAGGUUGAGGGUGAAACAUAGCGGGACACGCCACACUACGCCAGCAUCCUUGCUGGUGUGGCCAACAUGUCCAGCUUUUGGGGGGGGAUUAGAAUAGAAGAUGCGAGAAGUAAGUAGUAAACGUAGCUGUCAGUCAGAGUCAGUUAGGAGUCUGUUGAUCUCUAGUUAGGAUUUUGUGUUUUUGGAAAGUUUUAGUCCCUUUCCGCGCGUGCUAUCGGAGCGUAAGCUGCCAACAUUUGCGCGAAACUAGCGAAUGCAACAACAACAACGUAACGCAUGUCACGCCAGUAUGCAUCCAGCACGCGGACAUGACGUUGACUACCCUUCCAUGUGUCAAUUUGUUUAGGAUUAAAUUCUCUUACGAAAAACACCUCUGCUUUCGAUAAAGCCGCACAGGGGUUACACACUGAGGGCGUGCAGAGAUGCAGAGUGUGUGCACAGUUUUAAUUACCAAUUUAAGACACGUUCGUCCGUUCAGUUCCGCAGCUGUCUGAGGCUUUCCUGCGUCCAUGCAAACCCAAAGUUCCUCCUCUCCCAACUCCUCAAUCCUAUUUAGCAGAACUCCCCUCGAACGAACGAGAAAUGCUGAUGCUGCGAAGAGAGCUAACAAGCCGAUCGACGACCAUAUCACAUCGUAACGACUACCACAUACAAAACAUUCAUCAUCAUCAUCCUAAUCAUGUGAAAAGGAGUGGAAAACGAUUCGACAUUACUUUUCAAAAAAUUUCAAGCAAGCAAACUCUUACCAGGUAUUGCACAAAUGCUGUGAAAGACAAUAAUUACCAAAUACAACCCUAUUUGGAAUCUAGAGUAAUGUGGGAGACGAAAAAAACAAUACACGCGAAGAAAGAAGAAGAGGAAAAAUGCAUUUACAAAUAUUGAAACAAAAUUAAACCAAACAAAAAAAAACAGCAACCGCUUUAAAAAUCACAAACACACGAUAUCUAAAUGUUGUAACUGUUUCCCUUAUUUCCGUGCCGUAACAUACAUAUAUAUCUAUAUACACACAUAUACAUAUAUGGUGCGGUCCCAACAAAAAAAAAACAACUAAUAAUCAAUGUUCCAAACAUACGGCCACUGCACACGCUGUAUGCGCUUUGUUCGGUCGUGUCAGUAAAGAGAGAUCGCGAACAAAACAAAAAUCCUGCAAACUAACGAACAUCUAACAUCUCGAUCUCGAUCUCGUUCUCAUCAGACACAGAGCCACCCAGAGAAGGUGGUAAUAAAGUCACGGGUUGGUGGUGUUUAUUGAUUUUGUCGUGGGGGAGAAAUCAGCUAAGCGGAGGGGUUGCCGAUUUCGCUCAACUGAUACGACGCACGGUUGUUUGCCUGUACCGCAUGAAAAAUCCAACCAAACCGGUACAGAAAGACAGUCAGUGAAAAAUGCUCGCUAUAUGUGUUGUAACAGCAAAGAAACUAGAGCUCGUUUCAUUACUUGUCUUGACUAUAGGCAAUGUUUAAAUAAAUGUGUUUACACUAAUAAA